CAAUGACUGCAUUUUGUUAUCAAUUAUGUGCAUUGGUUCAUUUCUUCAGUCAUAUACCAAUUAAACUUCCAAAUUAACCUGUUUUUUUGUUCAGCUUUAAUUAGCAUCUGUUGCUCACAUGAGUGAAAUUCUAUAAAUAUUAAAUAGAUGAGUUGGACUAGUUUCUCUUUCUUUUGUUUUAUGCUGAGAAUGUUCAUUACUUCUGUUAAUAAAUGAUGGGAUAAUCCAAAACAUUGAAGAAUUCAACUAUAUUAUGUUACUAUGUUCAUGUUUAAAGGCUUUCAUGGCUCAUUGUUACAUCCAUGGCUUGCAAAUCAUCAAUUAAUCACUGAAUUGAAUGUUAUUACUUUGAUGAUGUCGGAGUAGGAGGUAGAUGUUGACUUGGUUUUCCAUCGAAGGAGAUUCAACCAACCUUAUCUUUGUUAUUUGUAUAAGAUUUAUUUUUAAGGCAUAUUGGCAAGUUGUCUGCUUAGCUAACUAAAAUGAUUAAAAAGAAAAUGGUAUUUUCUUGGUUUAGAAUCUAUGAAGUUCAAUUGGACAACUUGUUGCUGUCUCCUGAACAGUUGAUAUCAUGUAGUCAACUCUUUCUUUUUCUUUUAUAACCAAGUCAAAUUGUUACUGAACUAAGCAAGACCUGGUCCUUCUGGUCAUUUAUACCUCUUGAUUCAUGGAAGAUCUUUGUCAUUUUGAAGUGCUCUUAUCUUUAAUACUAUGGAACAUUCACUUAUCAUUGAUAGUAUUUGGCAUUUGAGACAAAUGACUCAGAAAUGUUGGAUUUUUCUACUUUUCAUUGUCUUUUGUGUUGUGAUUGUCGCAGAAAAUACAGUAUCUGAUGAAGCUGCUGCUCUUAAAGCUGUCGCUGAUGGAUUUCAGAACAAACCUGGGAGCUGGAAUGGUUUUGAUCCUUGUGGCAGUGUUUGGCUUGGAAUCAAGUGCACUAAUUAUCAUAUCACAAGCAUAAUAUUGCCUAGUGUUGGAGUUACUGGAACUCUAGCUGGAGACAUUGGAAAUCUACCUGAACUGCUAUUUUUGGAUCUUUCUUACAAUCCUGACUUGGGUGGAUCCCUUCCUGCUUCAAUUGGCAAACUACAUAAAUUGAAAAACUUGAUCCUUCUUGGUUGUGGUUUUUCUGGUCAAAUUCCGCCUGAACUCGGGAAUUUACAACACCUAACUAUUCUAGAUCUGAAUUAUAACAAACUCAGCGGGCCGAUACCUCCUUCUCUCGGUAAUCUAUCAAGUCUUUAUUGGUUUGAUAUCACUGAAAAUGAGAUUUCUGGGACUAUUCCCAUCUCCGAUGGCAUUAAUCCUGGUCUUGAUAUGCUAAGAAGAACUGAGCAUUUCCAUUUUGGUGGUAACAAGUUAUCCGGCAACAUUCCUCCAGAACUCUUCCACUCUGGCAUGGUUAUGGAGCAUUUGAUUUGUAACAACAAUAACUUCACUGGAAGCAUUCCUUCGACAUUGAACCUAGUGCCAUCAUUAGAAGCUCUGCGUCUUGAUGGAAAUAAAUUGACUGGGCCUGUACCUACCACCAUUAACAGCCUUACUAGCAUGAAAGAACUGUAUUUAUCGAAUAAUCUGUUAACCGGUCCCUUGCCAAACUUAACUGGAAUGAAUGCACUCGAUUAUGUGGACUUGAGUAACAAUUCUUUUGAUGUAUCAGAUGUGCCUCCAUGGUUUUCAAGCUUGCCAUCUUUGACAACAUUAUUACUCGAACAUUCACAGGUUCAAGGCGGAAUACCAGCAGGACUAUUCAGCUUUUCACCAUUACAGACUGUGCAGCUAAAAAAUAACCUAUUAAAUGGUACUCUGGAGAUCGAUUCAGGCUACAGCACUCAACUCCGACUUGUGGAUUUACAGACCAAUGACAUUGCAGAUUUCCGUAAUAAUGGUAACUACAAUAAAACUAUUAUACUCGCAGACAACCCAGUUUGUCGUCACGGAUCAAAUGAAAAUUAUUGUGCGGCCCGAACAAAAAACAAUUCUCCUUAUUCAACACCCAAUAGUUGCAGCGGCAUUGAUUGUCCUUCAGAACAAGCUCUCAGUCCCAACUGUUUCUGCUCGUACCCAUAUGAAGGCAUUCUAUACUUCAGGCUUCUCACUGUCUCUAAUUUUCAGAAUAGCACAUACUAUCAGGAUCUUGAGAAAAAGAUACUUAGCACGCUCCAAGUUAGAAAGGUUCCUGUGGACUCAGUUGCCGUUCAUGAUCCUUUUAUGGAUGCUAGCAACUAUUUGGAGAUCAGUGUUGAAGUAUUUCCUUCAGGAAAGGCGAAGUUUGAUCAAGGAGAUAUUGUCCUGAUAGCGAGUUUUUUCAGUAAUCAAACCUCAGAUAUUUUUGACUAUUUCACACUUUAUAAUUUCAUCCCAAAGCCAUACAUUCCCAUUCUUGAAGGAUCAAGUUCAAAGUCGAGCAAUACAGCAGCAAUUGUCGGAGCUUCAGCCGGCGGAGUUGUUGCACUACUUGUAAUUAUUGGUUUAGUCAUUUUUGUGAUGAUUCGAAAGAAGGGAAAGGCAAAAAAGAUGGAACAGAGUUAUCCAUUUGGUUCUUGGGACCCUUCUAAGAGAAGUGGCAGUGUUCCACAGUUGAAAGGAGCUAGAUGUUUUUCUUUCGAAGAACUAAAGAAAUGCACUGACAACUUCUCUGAACCAAACCACAUUGGCUCUGGCGGUUAUGGCAAGGUGUACAAGGGAACACUACUUGAUGGACAAAUGGUUGCAGUAAAGAGAGCUCAAGAGGAUUCAAUGCAGGGUGGGCAUGAAUUCAAAAAUGAGAUUGAGUUGCUUACAAGAGUGCAUCAUAGGAACCUCGUCAAUCUUGUCGGCUUUUGCUUUGACCAAGGCGAACAAAUGUUAGUUUAUGAGUAUCUGCCUAAUGGCACUCUCAGAGAAAGCCUCUCGGGGAUGUCAGGAAUUCGUUUAGAUUGGAAAAAGAGACUAUGGAUUGCACUUGAUGCAGCAAGAGGUCUCUCCUAUCUACAUUUUCUUGCUGAUCCUCCCAUUGUUCACAGAGAUAUAAAAUCAAACAACAUUCUCUUAGACAAUCAUUUACAUGCCAAAGUUGCCGAUUUCGGUCUCUCCAAACCAAUGACCAAUGAUAGAAAAGGCCAUGUCACCACUCAAGUCAAAGGAACAAUGGGAUACUUAGACCCGGAAUACUACAUGACACAACAAUUAACAGAAAAGAGCGAUGUCUACAGCUUCGGAGUAUUACUGCUCGAACUAAUAACCGCAAGAAAACCAAUAGAGAGAAACAAAUACAUUGUGAGAGAAGUAAAAUCAGCCAUUGACAAGAAGACGGAACUCUAUGGCCUUGAGCAACUUGUUGAUUCAACAAUUGGAUUGUCAAAUACAUUGGCCGGAUUCAACCGGUUUGUGGACUUAGCUUUGAUGUGUGUCGGAGAAUCAGGAGCCGACAGGCCUACAAUGAGUGAGGUGGUCAAGGAGAUUGAAAAUAUCAUGCAACUUGCAGGCAUUAAUCCUAAUGCCGAAUCAGCUUCAACUUCGGCCAGUUAUGGUGAUUCUUCGUUCACAUUGCGAGGCCAUUUGUACAGUAAUGAAGCUCUUAUGAAUUACAGUGGUGCCAUACCUUCAUCAAGGUCUGACACCAAGUGAAUUUAUGUGCAUGUAAUUUUUUUUUUCAGUGUGUUUUUCAUCCAUGGUUUGUGUUUGCAUGUAAUUUAUGUGCUUCUGGUUGUUGUAAAAAUUCUGCAUAUGUUCAGGUUGAUUGGUUUGUGUAAAGGAUUGAAUCAUUGAUCAUGUACAUUAAUUUUGGUUUCC